GCCGGAAGUAGCCCGGGUCCCGGGGCGGCGGCGCGGCGGCUGGGCCGCGGAGCCGGCGGCGCUAUGCCGGUCACCGGGAAGAUUUUCCGUCGGCGCCGGGUCGACUCGGAGUCGGAGGAAGAUGAGCAGGACUCAGAGGAGGUUCGAUUAAAACUGGAGGAGACCAGGGAGGUGCAGAACUUGAGGAAGAGGCCCAACGGAGUGAGUGCUGUGGCCCUGCUGGUAGGAGAGAAGGUACAAGAAGAGACCACUCUAGUGGAUGAUCCCUUUCAGAUGAAAACAGGUGGCAUGGUGGAUAUGAAGAAGCUGAAGGAAAGGGGCAAAGAUAAGAUCAGUGAAGAGGAAGACCUUCAUUUGGGGACAUCAUUUUCUGCAGAAACCAACCGCAGGGAUGAAGACGCAGACAUGAUGAAGUACAUUGAGACAGAGCUAAAGAAGAGGAAAGGGAUUAUAGAGCAUGAGGAACAGAAAGUCAAGCCAAAGAAUGCAGAGGACUGUCUUUAUGAGCUUCCAGAGAACAUCCGUGUUUCCUCAGCAAAGAAGACAGAGGAGAUGCUUUCCAACCAGAUGCUGAGCGGCAUCCCUGAGGUGGACCUUGGCAUUGAUGCUAAAAUAAAAAAUAUCAUCUCCACGGAGGAUGCCAAGGCCCGUCUGCUGGCAGAGCAGCAGAACAAGAAGAAAGACAGCGAGACCUCCUUUGUGCCUACCAACAUGGCUGUGAAUUACGUGCAACACAACCGAUUUUAUCAUGAGGAGCUCAACGCCCCCAUACGGAGAAACAAAGAGGAGCCCAAGGCCCGACCCCUGAGAGUAGGCGACACAGAGAAACCAGAGCCUGAGCGGUCCCCUCCUAACCGCAAGCGUCCUGCCAACGAGAAGGCCACCGAUGAUUAUCACUACGAGAAGUUCAAGAAGAUGAACAGGCGCUACUGAGCCACGCAGCAUGGGAUGUAAGUAGCCCUCCUCCCCCUCCCUCGUGUGGAAACGGCCAGACAGGAGCCUGCUCAGUCACCAGCAGACACUUCCAGCACAUACUCUGUUAGUCCUGCCACCGCCUGCUGGGCUUCUCAAGCAUGGACUUGGCAACCUUUGAAACAAAACAAUGCAGAGUUUUCCUGUCUGUGGGCAAACUCCAUUCUUGUGCACAUUAUUAAAUCUUGUUUGUAGAUA